AUCGGCCCGUGAACGCGUAGACUGUCGAUAAGAGCGUUCGCGUGGCGGGAAAAUUCGAAUUCAAAAUGAAGUUCGCGAUUUGGUUGUUGGUGGUUCUGGGAUUCGUGUGUGGUGAGGAUCUAUCUUCGAGGCAGGUGGUGGAACCCAGCAAUGAAGUGGAGACGACAGAUGAACUGGCUGAUACUGAUUUGGUGCUAGCUUUUGUGAUAUUCAGGCAUGGCGACCGAACCCCCGACGAAGAGGAAUUGGAGCUGUACUCUACUGAUAGCAAAUACAAGGAUGUCUUCUUCCCAUACGGCAUGAAGGCGCUAACUAAUAAAGGAAAACAGCGCGGUUACCUCGUUGGCCAGUACCUGAGGCGUCGCUACCACAAGUUUAUAUCGGAUCUGUAUAUCCCCGAUGAGAUAGUCAUCCGGACCACAGACUAUGCGCGGACCAAGAUGACUGCGCUUACGGCGUUGGCGGCUAUGUACCCUCCCUUGUCACCCCAGAGAUGGAACCCUGUACUGGACUGGCAACCGAUCCCGUACAGCACCUUAGAUGCUACUGUGGAUGACCUGCUAUACUGGUACAAUUGCCCGGAAUAUUUGAAGCUACGCAACAAGGUAUACGAUUACCCAGACUUUAAGAUGCUAGUCAGCCCCUAUGAGAACCUAUUUAAGUAUUUGACGACACACACUGGAAACAACAUUACGAACCCCGAGGAGGUUUUCUAUCUUGAUAAUCUGUUUCAAGCUUUGGAAAAUGUAGGACUCAAAACCCCCGACUGGGCACAGUCUGUAAUGCCACAAAUAAAAGAAAUGACCAAAAUUGAAUAUGCGGCUGAAUUCUUCACACCAGAAUUGACUAAAUAUUCUUCAGGUCUUUUAAUGGCUGAAAUCUUAAAUGCCACAAACGCGGCGAUCAAUGGAGACUUAGACCAGCCGAAGCUGCGGUUGUACUCAGCUCACGAGAACAAUGUGGCAGCACUGAUGUCCGCAGCCAGGGUGUUCCAGGCUCACCAACCUAACUACGGAGCCACCUUUUCAGUAGAGUUGAGAAAACACCGAAAAACUGGGCGAUUUGGAGUUACGGCUGUGUACUCGGCGAAUGCUGGAGGGCCAGGAGAGGUUCUCCCGAUCCAAGGGUGCGGAGACCAGCCCAUAUGCGACUACAGCACCUUCGUCGGCCUCAUGCAAGACAUUCUGAUCUCCCGCGAGGAGUUCAAGCAACAGUGCCCUACCUCCUAGUGUAUUUUUAGUUCUUAUUUAGCAACAAAUAGUGUGCGUCAGUUUUUAUGUUAUGAAUAAAAUGGCUGUGAAUUACC